AUGCUUGCUUUUCGACCACAUUACCUCAUCUUAGUAGUCGUCCUACUCUCACUGGCUAGCCUCUCUUCGGCAUGCGACACUCUAAAGCCAAUAGCGUUUGACAAAGAAAUCUUACGAUUUGUAAAAACCCUCGAAGCUAUAUAUGUCGAUUUGAAAGAGUUGAAGGAUAUGAAGAAGGACAAAAACGUUCCCAAAACGGUGCUUGAUGUGGCCAUGAAAGGGUAUUGUCAACUGGUCACACUGAAUUAUUCGCGGGGUCAAAUAAUGUCAGUUGCAUUACCUUUUGUUGGCGUGAGUCCCAAAUCCAUCGUCAAGGCCUUUACAAUGUUGGAUAAAACGUAUCAGGAGUUCAACAAAAAGGACGCUUUAGCUGCAGUUGAUAGUGCAGAGAGCUUUGCAGUCGGUAUGAUUAAGUCGAUUGAUGGCAUCAAGAAAUACACCGACAAGUUGCGCAAAGCGAAAAUUGAUACAAAGAAGAUUCUUCAUCUUUAA